CACAGAUGAUCAAAUAUCAAUCAUACAGCUCAUUAGCAAGUAUCAGGUGCUGUUGGCUGCUUUUUUCUUGAGAUGACUUUCAUCCAUAACUUUUUUUUACUCAUUCUCUCUCUUCGCAAUCUCUCCCACACACACUCUCACACCACCAUUUUUCAACUGCCUGAAAAACACUCCACUGCACCCAUCGCUCUCAAUCUCCGAUAUCUCUCAGAGAGUUAUUCAUGAAGCUUCAGCAACAAUUAUAUUUUGGCAGAUAAGAGAAUUAGAAUAAAUAUUAUACUUGGAAAAGGGAAAAAACUGAAAUAAAAGAAAAAUCACUACACCAUCUGUGUGAGUGUUCUUGUUGUGGCUGAGCUAAAAGUAUUACUAUUAGUUCAUGGAUUCCAAAUCCUUAAGGCUCAUAGCCCACCAAUCGUUUUUCUCCGCCGUCCGAUCCGAUGAUUUCGAGUCCCUGAAGAAACUCGUCGAGAAUGAAGGGUCGGAUCCGUCUUCUUUGAUGGCCCUUGAGAAUGAGGCGAAGGCGACUGCACUGUACAUAGCCGCAGAGAAUAAUUUCCUUGGGAUUUUCAUGUAUCUGCUCGAUUUCUGCGAUUUGGAUAUUGUUUUGAUGAGGGCUAAAUCGGAUAUGGACGCAUUCCAGGUGGCAGCAUCCAAGGGACACCUUGAUAUAGUGAAGGAACUCCUAAACAAGUGGCCUCAGCUCUGCCGAGUCUGCAACUCAUCAAAAACGAGCCCUCUCUAUUCAGCCGCCUCCCAAAACCAUCUACAAGUCGUGAACGCCAUACUAGACGUGGACGCGAGCACGGCACGAAUCGUUCGAAAAAACGGAAAAACCGCACUGCACACAACCGCAAGAUACGGUCAACUCGAAAUGGUCAAAACCCUCAUCGGUCGCGAUCCUGGCAUCAUAACCAUCAAGGACAAGAAAGGUCAAACGGCCUUACACAUGGCCGUCAAAGGCCAAGACAGUCGCGUGGUAGAGGAGCUCCUCGAAGCCGCCGAUCACACAAUACUAAACGAACGCGACAAGAAAGGCAACACCGCACUCCACAUCGCCACGCGUAAAAGCCGCUCUCAGAUAGUCGCUCUCCUCCUCACAUACCGCUCGCUCGACAUCAACGCGUUGAAUUUGCAGCGCGAGACCGCACUCGACGUAGCCGACCGGCUCCCAUUCGGCCCCCACGCCCUCGAGAUUUCCGAGUCGCUAUCUGAGGCCGGCGGCAAGCGCGGCGCCAGCCUGUGGCCGCCGCUCGACUCGGCCGAGUUAAAGCGCACGGUUAGCGACAUUCGGCACGAGGUCCAGUCACAGGUGAUCCAGAACGAGAAGACUCAAAGACGAGUGUCGGGAAUUGCAAAGGAGCUUCGCAAAAUCCACCGUGAAGCCGUCCAAAACACUAUAAACUCGGUGACGGUAGUUGCAGUCCUUGUUGCAUCCAUUGCAUUCAUAGCCCUAUUUAACUUGCCGGGACAAUACGAGACGGACGGGCCUGAAACGGGCCAGGCCAUGAUAGCCCACAAGACGGCUUUUCGGGCUUUUUGCCUAUUGGACUCGACGGCCCUUUUUAUAUCGCUUUCGGUCGUUGUUGUGCAGAUCACGCUUGUGGCGUGGGACACGCGGGCGCAGAAGAGGGUGGUGUCGAUUGUGAACAAGAUGAUGUGGGCGGCGUGCGUGAGCACGUGCGGGGCGUUUUUGUCCAUAUCGUUUGUGGUGGUGGGGAAGGAUGGGUCAUGGAUGGCGGAUACGGUAACGGGCCUUGGAGGGCCCAUACUUGUGGGGACGCUGGCGAGUUUGUGUUAUUUUGUGUUCAGGAAGCAUUUCGGGAGUGAUUCGCAGAGGAGGAUUAGAAGGGGGAGCGGGAGCAAGUCGUUUUCGUGGUCGUACUCGGCGAAUGUGUCGGAUUUGGACGAUGAGUUUAAUUCGGAUGAGAAGAUUUACGCCUUGUGAGGAACCUAUGUGGGUUUUGUAAUGAAGGGUAUAUAUAUAUAUAUUUAUAUAUAUAUAUAUAUAUAUGUGACUCUUGUUACUUGCACUCUGUAUUUGUUGUGUGUGUGUAGCCAAAUUUGUAGAUAUGAGUAUAUGUGGGAGUUGUGGCCGAUCUUUGAUGGUUAACCGUGUGCAUUAUGGAGAUUUUUAUGUAUACUAGUAAAGUGCACGUGGUAUUGAAUGAUUUUUGCAGGGUAAGUUUAUAAAAUAAAU